UUAGGCCGGUGUUUCUAGCAACCAAACGGGAUCGGAACCCUGGUCUGCUUCUUCCCAACACUGUGCACUGUGUAUAUUCCAGGCCCAAACUCUUCCCCCAUUUUCCCUCUUUCCAUCAGUGCCCCCUCCCCCACACACACCAACCAACUCCGCCAUCCCGUCGUCCGCUACUUUUGGACGGCUCGUACGCGGCGCCCAGUCUGGCGGUGGACCCCGGGUUUCUCCCCCCAACUCAAAACCGAAACCUAUCCCGGGCCAGCCGAGCGAAACCGCCUCCGAUGCGCGGCACGCGUUAUUAGAAGAAGCUCUUUGCUCAGUGUGUCUCUUUGUGCGCGCGCGAUUCACGGGCGCGAGGUUUGAGAAACGCGCCCAGAAAGAAAAAAGCGAAGAAGAAUAACGCGCUGCUGUAAACCGCCGCCAAGGCGCCGCAAUCAUAGCGGACGACACGUCGCCGCCACUUCCCUUCGCGCUGAUCGCCUGUUCGGCGGCGGUCGUCUGCUUCAGCGUGUGCGUCUGCUUCUGCUCGGGCGCCGUGGGCCGCCUCUUGCGGAGAGUCGUCUGCUGUUUCACGGUCUGCUCCAAGGUGCUUCUGUUUUGAGCGCAACCAACCAACCAACCCUUCGUAGCUGUUCUCUUAUUCUUUCAUUUUUCGUUCUCAGCCCUGCACUCAACCCUAGUCACCCGGGUUAGCUUCGUUGCCAAGCACGCCCGACCUCACCCCUCUGUUCGUCGUGACGCAGCAGUUUCGUUUCUUUCCUGCACGUGCAAGUCAAUCGUUAUUAGUCCCACUGUGAAGUGUCCUCGGUAAUAUCUAGUGCGUGUUUUGCGGUGUCCACCUGUGCGCGAGUGACGGUCUCUCGCUAAUUCUACUUGUGGUUUUCGUCCCUCCCCAUCAAUCAAGAUUGAGAAGAAACAGGACGGGGUUCAGAGUGCCUACGAGCAGGCUUACCAGAUUCUCAAAUUAAAGCAUCCCAUGCGGAGUGCCGUCACCGCCGGAACGAAGAAGAGGAAGAGGAAUAGUGACCAUCGGUCUAGGUUCUGCUCCCCUCUACCCCACUCCUGGUACUGCUAGCGUAUUGGACUAAAUCACGGCGUAACACUUCAGUAAGCUGCUUCAAGAGGCCAAAGGCUCGCUUACAUCGAUGCCUUUCGUCCAACGAGCUGCGAUGCCACCUACCCGGACACCGCUGGCCAAGUUUCCCCGGCGGAAGCCAUCUGCAGCGCUGAAAGAGCCCCCGAUCACCACCAACAUCAACUUACUUCUGGACUUGGACCACCAGCCGGAGUUGUAUCCGCCGUCGGGUGCCGUUGCCAUGGCGGAAGGACGCGCGGCCGCUCCCAUCAUGGAGCAAACUCCACGUAGUCCCAGAACCCCUGAUGAACAAUAUAGACUCGCCGUAAACCCGACGCAGUUUACAAAGGCACUGGCUGCCGAAGACGUCCGAAUGCAAGAGCAAGCCGAACUACUUCGAGAACGACGCGCCAACCUCAUCUAUGGGGCGGGCGUGUUCGUGGCGAUCGCCUCUUUGCUGACGUUCAUCGGGGCGAUAGUGUUCGGUAACCAAGUCAUGGACGACGCACUCACCGUACGUGAGGGUCAGUGGUCCACGAUCAAUUACAGCGCCGACGGCAGGCUGCUGGACGAUGAGGACGUUGUCGGUGGCCGCGGUGAGUUGUUGCCGAUGCCUUACGACGUUGCACGGUACGAGGUGACGUCCACUGCAUCGGUCGGUGACGAGGUGGUCCUUUCUUCACCCGACAACUUGGAACUGGAUAGUACUGCUAGAUGCUCGGACUGUGGUGAAAACUUUUCGAUGGCUAGUUAACCUCAGUUGUUGCUCUCAAAUUUGCAGUGCACAGUCUGAGCGUCCCUUUUCUGAGCGUGGAAAUCUAAUAAACGAAAGCCGUAAACGUUUAAGUGGA